AUGCAGAUUGCAUCAGUAUUGCAUUAUACACCAGUAAAUGUGUAUAGUAACAGUUGUGCUUCACCAGUUUAUUACUCGAAUGAAGUGAUGAUGAGAAUUUUCCUUGCGCUAACUAUUUCAGUGGCUUUGGGAAGGCCUUUACAAGUACAAGCCCAGCAAUGUGGAGUGAAUAAUCUACCAUCGUACAGGGACCCUGGCAACAACAUUCCUAGGAUACAAUACAGACAUCAGGUGUUGAUCCCUAGUUACAACUUCACCUGCUGUGGUGUAGUGACACAGUGGGGGGCGUACGUAGAGCCUGGGGAUAGUAAUGACUCACCAAUGAUCUACAACGCCACUUUUCAAGUAUGGAGACCGGACGGUAAUGGCAAUGGUGUCUACACAAUGGUGGGAGAAAAUGUCUACCUGAAUGCUAUACAAUCAUUCAUUGAGUUUCAACCUGGCGAUGUGGUCGGGUAUUAUUUGGACAGUACAAGGGAAUCAAAUAAUAUGGGAGUGCAGCUAGAUGUUAGCAAUAGUAACCUGGAGGUGUACUACGGGCCACCUCAAGAGAGAGGCACUUUUGAUAUUAGAGCUGAAGGUGUGGAGGUAGAGGAUAGAGGAGCUCCUAUUCUAUUUGUGGGAGUUGGUGACAGCAGACCAUGUUCACCUGGUGCUACCACAGCCUCAGAAAGCAACAAUCCUCUAGCAGCUGUCCUCAUUUCAAGUCUGGCUGCAGCACUACUUCUGGCAAUCAUUGCAGCACUUGUUGUUGUCCAUAUUAUCGUAAGAGAGAGGAAGAAAAAACGACAAGAAGAGCAUGGAGAAUCCGUAGCCACACUGAAUGAAAUUAGCAGCUCUCUACCAGGGGACACGCCGACUACAGAUGACGGAGACACACCCACUGCAGAUGGUGGGGACACACCCACUACAGAUGACGGGAAUAUACAGGCAGCAAAUUCAUUGUUCUCUGAUCAAGAUGCUCACACAAAUGGAACUAUACCUCUGUGCUCUAACAAUGCGUACGAUGUCAACAACUCUAACCCUCCGAACGACCAAAUCUCCCUCCACUCUAACGAUGCGUACGAUGUCAACAACUCUAACCCUCUGAACGACCAAAUCUCCCUCCACUCUAACAAUGCGUACGAUGUCAACAACUCUAACCCUCCAAACGACCAAAUCUCCCUCCACUCUAACAAUGCGUACGAAUUGAAGGAGGAAGCCGAGUACGAAGUGGUGAUGUAAAAGAAUACUUAGAAAAGUACGACUAGUAAAGUAGAGGAAAUGGAUCCCAGCAAUCAAACUGUCUAUACUGUUCGUUGUGUGCAUGUGAUCUGUUUUGUUGUGUGCAUAUGAUCUGUUUUGCGACAUGCAUAAAGUAUAAUGACUA